UUCAUCUACCCUCCCCGAUCUUGUAUUAGAGGAAGAAGUCAGUACAGUGCAUCAUCCAUCUUCUGGAAGACCGACAGCCAUCUGAUCAAAGGGUACAAUAGAGACGAAUAAACAUCAGCCAUCAUGGGAGCUGUUCUGGGGUUGUGCUCCAUGGCGAGCUGGAUCCCAUGCCUGUGCGGCAGCGCCCCCUGUCUGCUGUGUCGAUGCUGCCCUAGUGGAAACAACUCCACAGUGACCCGACUCAUCUAUGCCUUCUUCCUGCUGCUGGGAGUGGGUGUUGCCUGUAUUAUGCUGAUGCCUGGCAUGGAGGGGCAGCUUAAGAAGAUUCCUGGUUUCUGUGAAGGAGGGAUGGGUACGUCUCUUCCUGGUGUGGAGGGUCACGUGAACUGUGACGUUCUGGUCGGCUACAAGGCUGUUUACCGCGUUUGCUUUGGCAUGGCCAUGUUCUUCCUGCUUUUCUCUCUGCUCAUGAUCAAAGUCAAAAGCAGCCAGGACCCUCGAGCUGCACUGCACAACGGGUUUUGGUUCUUUAAGUUUGCUGCAGCUGCUGCCAUCACUAUUGGAUCAUUUUUCAUCUCCGACGGUCCCUUCACCACUGUGUGGUUCUAUGUUGGCAUGGCUGGAGCCUUCUGCUUCAUCCUCAUCCAGCUCGUGUUACUCAUUGACUUUGCCCACUCCUGGAAUGAAUCCUGGGUGGAGAAGAUGGAAGAGGGAAAUUCUCGCUGCUGGUAUGCAGCUCUGCUGUCAGUCACCACGCUCAACUACUUGUUGUCUCUGGUGUCUCUGGUUAUGUUCUACGUCUACUACACCCACUCUGAUGGUUGCACUGAGAACAAGGUCUUCAUCAGCAUCAACAUGCUCCUCUGCAUUGGGGCCUCCGUCAUAUCCAUUCUUCCUCAGAUCCAGGAGUCCCAGCCCAGGUCUGGCCUAUUGCAGUCCUCACUGGUUACCCUGUACACCAUGUACCUGACCUGGUCUGCCAUGACCAAUGAGCCUGACAGGAAAUGUAACCCAAGCCUUCUGGGUAUCAUCGGGCUGAACAGCACCAGUCCUGCUGGUCAGGACCAUGUGGUUCAGUGGUGGGAUGCCCAGGGGAUUGUGGGAUUGGUCCUUUUCCUCAUGUGUGUUCUCUACUCCAGUAUUCGUAAUUCGUCCAACGCCCAGGUGAACAAGCUGACUCUAACCAGCGAUGAGUCAGCUUUGAUUGAGGACGGGCCUCAGAGCGAUGGCUUUGAGGAGGGCAGCGGUCACAACAGAGCUGUGGACAAUGAGAAGGAUGGCGUCACCUACUCCUACUCUUUCUUCCACUUCAUGCUGUUCUUGGCGUCACUCUAUAUCAUGAUGACACUCACCAACUGGUACAGCCCUGACUCCAACUAUGAGGCCAUGACCAGCAAGUGGCCAUCUGUGUGGGUGAAGAUCUCCUCCAGCUGGAUCUGUAUCGCCCUCUAUGUGUGGACACUGGUGGCUCCGCUGGUCCUGGUCAACAGAGACUUUGACUGAAAAUGCAUGUCAUCCCUCAGCUCAUACACACAUUCAUGCUCUGCCUCACCUGUGUUCUGUUUCAGCAAAGUCGGUAAAGCAGUAGGUAGAUGUCCAUCCUGGAGGGGCUAAGGCUGUGCUCAGACUGACUGGAAUGUUUCAGGACUGUUUUGUUUGGUGACUUUGGCUUGUCUGUGUAAUCCAUGAAUAGAGAGCCAACAUGGCUGUUAAAAUGUGUCCUGUCCCAGCUCUGACUGCAGCCUCGUCUCCUCUGGUGUACUGUCAUUGUGAAUCCUCAGCAGCCUGUUGUAGUGGUUCCCCAUGCUGUUGCCAUAGUAAAUAUCCUGUGUAUUCUUAGUGGAUGUUUUUCUUUUCUUCCUAUAAAGACAGAGCUGCAUGCUUUUCUUUUAAAACUUGAUGUGACAUUAACAGUAGCUGUAUCUGAAGCUUUUGUGAGGAUGAUGAUUUUUUUGAUCUUGCCCCCUGUGGGCAACAUCAGUUGACUGUAGUAUUACAUAUGGUAAUUCUGUUACAUGUAGAAUAAAGGAGAAGCUGCUGUGAUGGUGCUGUUGGGUUGUGUGUGAGCAGGACUCCAGCUGUGGCACUGAGAGCAGUAGAGCAACUCAUUGUUGUUGACUAACUAGUACCAUCACCAGGCAUGAGCAGUGCUGCAUAGCAGUGAGUGUGUGUCUCUGUGUGUGUGGUAUUAACUGCUGUCAUGUGAUAGAGCUCUAGCAGUUGUGUGUUUACACUCCCGAGCACAUACACAACAAAGGCAUUCCUGUUUUUGUUGCUUCUGAUUUGUGUUGAUUUUUGACUUCAAAUGUAAAAUUGAUUGUUUGAAAACCUCUAGAUAAGUUAUUUGGUAGUGUUUAGCAUUAGCAUGUAGUUUACUUAAUUGGCAGAAAUAUUGUGGCUAUACAUUUGUUUGAUUGUGUCACUUGUGCUUUUAUUCUAAUGAUUUUUCCUCUUGACAUGUAAAAGUACAUUGUAACUCGUUUAAUAAAACUGAGAGAAAAAAAGUCAA